AUGAGAGAGUGAGCGCACUGUGUUGGUACACAGUCCACAUGCUACAAGUCCCUCAUCUGACCGGAUGACCGCUCAGUUUAUAUGAAUGCGACCUCCAAGGCAUAUGCAGCCCAACAUUUAAUCAGACUUUUCUGGACACCCUAAGAUCUACUCUUCAGACAGCACUAUGGGGGAACCGGCCAGCGUGGUGUUCCGUAACGUGGGCCAGACGUACUUCCCUGAGACCAGGGUGGACUGCCACUACAGCGUCUCCUCCCAGCACCGCUGGAGCUCCAAGGACUGGGUCGGCCUCUUCCAGGUGGGCUGGUCCUCGGUGAAGAACUACCACACCUACACCUGGGCUCCGGUACCUGAGGGCCGCUCUAAAGGGGUCCAUCACAACUGCUGCGCCGUCUUUCAGGCGUUCUACCUGCCCCGGCCUGGCCCCGCCCAGUACCAGUUCGUCUACGUGAACGAGGGCGGGUUCGUCUGGGCCCGCAGCCCUCCCUUCACCUUCUGCUCCCCGGAGCCGCUGGACGACCUGGAGACCGUGACGGAGGAGCGCGACGAGGAGGAAGGAGAGCGCGACGAAGAGGAGGAGGAGAUGCUCCUGGUCAUCCCCAAGGCUCAGCUCCUCAAGAGCCAGCUGGACGACAGUCUGAAGGGCCAGCAGGGCAUGAGGCUGGAGCUGGAGCUGUCCCAGAGAGGCAAGGACGAGGAGACGCAGAGACACGAGACGGAGCGGGCCGGGUGGGAGCAGGAGAGGGCGGCCUUGCAGAAGGAGAUCUCUGAGCUCAGAGCGGACGUGGGCCAGAGCUGUGACAAGCUGAGGAGGGUGGAGGGAAGGAACAAGGACGUGCAGGAGACGGGAGACAGCCUGUCCACGGAGCUGACGCAGCUGCUGUUGGAGAAGGAGGAGGACGAGCAGCGGAUCAGAGAGCUGGAGGAAGACGUGCAGGUGCUCAGCGACUGUGGGAGGGAGACGGACACCGCGCUGGAGAGGAUGAAGGAGAGGGUGAAGAAGAUGUGUGACCAGCUGAAGUACGAGGAGGAGAAGAGGAAGGCCGUGCAGGUGGAGCACCAGGCGGCGCUGGCGGCGGUGCGCUCGCUGCAGGAGCGCCUGGAGGCCAGCGAGCGCGUGGGGGAGGGUCUCCGGCGGGAGAUGGGGGAGCUGGGGCUCCAGCGGGGGGCCUCCCAGGGGGAGCUGCACCAGACGCGGCUGCAGGCGGCACGACUCACCCUGCAGCUCUCGGAGCAGGAGCUGGCCUUCAAGGAGGGCCAGGCCAGCUGGGCCCAGGAGAGGGACGCCUACCGCAAGGCCGCCCAGGUGGAGCAGAGUAAGGUGGCGCAGCUGAGCCGGGAGGUGCAGUGCCGGGAGGAUUGGCUGGGGGAGGAGCGGAGGGAGAGGGAGGAGCUGGAGGCGGACCUGGAGUGCAACAGGGCAACGCUGGGCGAUGCGAAGCGCGAGGCGCAGGAGCUGAGGGCCCAGCUGAGGGCCAUGCAGAAGGAGAGCGAGCCGCAGCACGCAGAGAGACAGGACCUGGAAGGCUACGUGCGUCACCUGGAGCAGAGGCUGGGCAUCCCCCCACGCCCCGACGACGGCUGGCUCAGUCCGGACGGGUCCGAAACGCCGGAGAGCCUUGGAGAGGAGGGGGACCCCCAGGAUAGGGACAACGCUCCCGACGCAGAGACACAGGAACCUGAAUGGAAGAGCAGGAGUCUGACUCUGAGGUCGAGGAAGUCAGACCGCUGGCUGCGCCUUAACACCUCGUCUGCUGAGGUGAUCCCCCGAGAGACCAGGAGAACCACUGAUCAUUGACUGGCGCCCUCUUGUGGUGACAUUGAAAACUGAGGGUUACUGAUCACUCCGUUAGGAUCUACUCUAGUCAUGUGUUCUGGCGUACUGAGAUGCAGUGAGCCAGUAGAAGUGUGUAUAUUAUACCUUCGUACUUUGAAUGUCUUAAAACCAAAUUAUCAGAGCUUUUGAACAUUUGUGUGCGACUUAAUUUGUAGAAUAAGUGGGCACCUUUGAAGUUGGAUCAGUGUUACAUCACACCUAACCGUGAAGAAAGAGACGGUAGAGAAAGAGACAAGGACUGAGAAGGUCCAUAACUUCUCCAGCUCAACAUCUCCAGAUUAACAUUCAUGCCUCGUGUUGUUGGUUCAUGUCUUAAACUUCAAUAUAUGUUGAGGUUAUAUGAUGUUUUGUGUAAUUUAUAAUACAAGUUUUCAACUUCAAUGUGUGUUUAGAUUAUAUGAUGAGUUGGGUAAUAUAUAAUGCUUGUUUUAAACUUUAAUUUUUUUUUAGAUUAUAUGAUGAGUUUGGAAACAUGUAUUUUUUUAGGAUGCUACUCAUGACUUCUGCAUGUGUGUGAAUUCUGGUACACCUGUGAAAUGAGUUGUUGAAUUCUGUAUGGAGUGAGAGUUGAUCGGAUGAUAAAUCAGGGAGAUUGAACGAGUAUUAAUCCAUUGUGUUUGGAAGCUCCUUUCAUAAGGAUCAAUAAAUGCCAUGACCGGAGACUUGUCUUUG